GUGAACGUCAAACAUGGCGAGUUUCUACACUAGAUGCCUGCAGGAUCUCCCAAACAUUUCCAUCUCAGAUGUCCACCGACUUGUUCGGAUGGGCAGUUCUACACCGAAGAGCAAACGUGAUAAGGGAUACAAAAUGUACCUAUCCAGUUAUAUCGACAAUUAUGAAGAUGACUUUUGAGAACAGCUCACCUGUUCAGAUUGCUGUGGCAGAGUGUUCCUGUGUGGCCGGAACAGCACUCUGUAACCAUAAUGUGGCGCUGUUAUAUCAAACGGCGCACUACUCCACACUCAAUCUUAAGGCAGUGCCUCCUGUCCUUAGCUGCACAGAAACGGAGCAGCAAUGGCACAAACCAAGAACAAUGGGUGUGAAACCAGGCAGAGUAGGUGACAUGGUCAUCAUUUCAACACGGCCAAAGUCCAGGCAGUACACGGUAGCAGAUGGUGUAAGGAGUAAGCGCUACAAGGCUGUGCGAGGGGACUUGCCAGACCCAGAUGUCCUGAAAGUAGAUGAGGCAUACAAGGACUUCACUGCAGACAUUGCUCCACUCAUCACCACCAUGGCAAUAAGCAGCGAUGUUCCACUUGUUGAUUCGGCCUACGGACCAGUCCAGGAAGGUAGCCCCAUCUCCUACCAACAUCCAGUGCCACUGAGUCGGGUAGUAGUUCGUCACCAGGACACCCCUACUCCACCAGCUCUGCCUUUGGAUGGAUACAGGCUGGAUCCAACCACCUGUAACUUUGUUUGCAGCCACCAACAACAGAACCAGCUGACGUCCCUUGCCAUAACCUUGGAUAUGGCAAGGAAAAUAGAAGUUGCAACGAGGGAGCAGAGCAACAGUGUAGAGUGGUACCAUGUCAGGAAACCAAGGCUUACAUCUUCCAGGUUCAGGGAGGUGUGCCAUGUGAGAGGGCACAGUUCUGCUGAGAACCUGGCAGAGAGGAUUCGCAAAGGUGGGGUUCAGACCACUUUAAUGAAGAGGGGGCUGGCGCUGGAGCCAGUUGCUAUCCAGGAGUAUAGCAGAAUCCAGAAUGUAAGUUACUGGCCAUGUGGCUUUGUGAUACACCCAGAUGCACCCUGGCUCGGAUCCUCUCCCGAUGGUGUGGUGUUCGAUCCAACUGAGAGCCCACCAUUUGGAUUGGUCGAGGUCAAGUGCCCCAACGUUAACAGUUAUGUGGACUGUAGCUAUAUGCAAAUGCAGAGCGGCACAUUAAAACUAAAACAUAGCCACAGCUACUACUGGCAGGUACAAGGUCAACUGUUACUCACUGGGAUGGAAUGGUGCGAUUUCAUUGUUUUUGCUGAGGAGGACAUUCUCGUACAGCGUAUCCAUAGGGAUCCUGAGGUGGCAAGGGUGAUACGGGAGAGGGGGGAUUAUUUCUUUUUUUAUUUUUACUUGGGCUGAUGUUUUAAAGUCCGUGGUUCAUUCAAUCAGUUGUUACAUGUUUUUGUUUGGAUCUUAUUGUUCACUUUAAUAGUUCAUCUUUACAAAAACACAGAUCAGUUUUUUCAUUCUGGUUUCAUUGUUCAUUUUUACAAAUCUAUACAAUAACGCUAAUCAGUGUUCUGGUUUCAUUGUUCAUUUUUACAAAUCUAUACAAAAACGCAAAUCAGUGUUCUGGUUUCAGUGUUCAUUACAAAUCUAUACAAAAACGCAAAUCAGUAUUUUGUUCUGGUUUCAUUGUUUGUUCAUUUUUACAAAUCUAUACAAAAUCUUAACUAAUGUAUUGCUACUUUAUGUCUUUAAAUUACC